AUUGAGCGCGUGCAUGUAGUUCACUGUGGUAUACAUGGAUCUGCUACUGUCUGGAUUUUAAUACUGAAUAAUAUCAAGAUAAAGUAAUCACUGCUGGAGGAACCAUGAUUAUUCGGCUGCACUGAGUCUUUUUGAGGCUUCGAUCGUCCGUAUUUUCAUUAGACUUUCGUGUGUAAAGAUGGAUUAUAACCCUUUAAUGGCUCCUCCGGUUCCGCCACACAAGCCGCCGUGCAGCCGGACAUCAGGCUCUCAGGAGCGGCUGCUGAAGUGUGUGCUGCUCGGGGACGGAGCUGUGGGCAAGACGAGCCUGGUGGUCAGUUACACCACUAACGGAUAUCCCACCAGAUACGUGCCGACUGCCUUCGAUAAUUUCUCCGCAGUGGUACAAGUUGAUGGACAACCAUUACGACUGCAACUUUGUGACACGGCUGGACAGGACGAGUUUGAUAAGCUGAGGCACUUCUGCUACUCCCGCACAGAUGUCCUGCUCCUCUGCUUCAGUGUGGUUAGUCCUGCUUCCUUCCAGAACGUGUAUGAGAAAUGGGUGCCUGAGAUCCGUCGGCGGUGUCCGCUCACCCCUGUCCUGCUGGUGGGUACGCAGUGCGACUUACGCCAGGAUGUCAAGGUGCUGAUCGAGCUAGCCAGGCGCCGUGAACAGCCUGUACCUGAGCAGGAUGCCCGCGCCCUUGCUGACAAGAUUGGCGCCGUGACAUAUGUAGAGUGCUCAGCUCUGACGCAGAAAAACCUUAAAGAUGUGUUUGAUGCUGCCAUCUCUGCUGGCCUGCGCCAGUCUGAGAGACGCGCCAGACGGGAACGCAAGGUUCUCAGUACAGCCGAUAAGAUGAAGAUGCUCUCCAAGGCCUGGUGGAAGAAAUAUGUGUGUAUCCAAUAACACGAGCCAAGCUGUGAGUCAUCGACGCACAUGGACAAAGUGACAAAGACUCUUGACUCAUUCAGUGCCUCAAGCAGAUGGACUGAUCAUGAGCUGCUCUCACAGGGGUGUGAGUGCAAAGUGUGUGUAUGGAGAGCAGUGUGUAGUCAGCGAGAUUAUUUCACCAAAGUGAGGGCUGAAGCAUUACUCGUAUCAGCUUUAGCUAUCAAGUCUCGGCCAUAAGCUGUUUGAAUAGUUACAGCUAUCUCUGCCACUCUGAACUCUGGCCAGUUCCAAGAAUAAUUUAACUUGGAGCUGAGGAGUGUUGAUCUCUUAAAAAAGAAUCAAGACAAAUUGUACACUUCACUUUUUUUGCCAUUCAGUACGGUUGAAAAGUUUGGAAUCCCUCAGAAUAAAUUACAUUUGAUUCAACAUUCAUUAUUUUAUGUGAAAUAUGUUUAGAUCUAAAUAAUAGACCAGACAGCAUUGAAGUAGUUUAAUAAUCAAUAAAUGAUGCAUAAUUGACAGCAGUGAUGGAUAUUAUAGCUGGGCGAUUAUAGCAAAAAUAUAUUGUAUCACUACAAAACUUUACAAUAUGGAUCGAUGUACAAAUGUCCAUAAGAGGAUUAUUAAGAUACAAAGUUUUUUACAUUAUGGGUUAUUACUAAGAGAAAUCACGGAGCAGGACAAUAUUAUAAAAUCGCCAUGGUGUUUGCAAUUUUCUAAGGAAAGCGUAUUACAAUUAUUAUGUUUUAUUACAACAUUGACGCUGUCCUAGCGCCCUACAAUAAUGUUUAGCGUCAAGAUUCGAUUGUUUUUGAUCCUAAUACUAGAAUUUCCACAUAAUAUCCACAUCUUUUUGGAUAUGAAUUUUAUUAAUAAACUCAAUAAUCUAGUCUCAAUAAUCAUUUACAAUUCUAGUCACAUUUCAGGACAAAUUUAUUAUUUUUUUUCAGAAAUAAUGAGUUCCAUAGCGCUAACAUCAACGACGAAUCAUUUUAUACGAGUAUCUGAGGUGAUUUCAAACUUUUGGAUGGUAGUGUACAGCAUCAAGUGCACAAAUAAUUCUAUUUAUGUCUGUUAAAUGUGUGAAUGAAUGUUUUGUUUAAUGCAAAGGUAUUCACUUGCAUUUCAACACUGGAUCUCAGAGCUGUUUUCAUUGUGUUUAUAUAUAUAUACAGUAUAUUACUUUUUGCUUAGUAUCACACUAUGAAACUAAACCCCUAAACUUCUUUACUGCCCAUCUUUGAGCUCAUGGCACCAUUUGCGGUUACUGUUAAUGGCCAUUCAGUCAAGACUUCUGGGAGUGUUAAGUGCUUCUCAUGUGGCAAAACAUUGUAGUGUUGAGAAUAUGUUUCGUUUCAGUCACCUCAUCAGCGUAUAGGACGUUAGCCGUCGGUAACGACAGGAACAUUUUUACUGAUCACUCAAACUUUCAGUUCUUCUCUAAUGUCAAGGAAAAUGUUUCAGGUGUUUUAUUGCAUUUAUUUCAUAAUUUAUUGUUGCAGGUAUCUUCACUAAAUCUUUGAUGACUGGAGCAGGUUUAUUUGAAUAGCACAGGACUGUUUGUCAUGGUUCUGUCACCUCAGUUUCAUGGUCGUAGUGCUCUUGGGUGGUUUAUUGGUUAACACGCUGGCUUUAACAUUUGUCAUUGUGGUACAACAGGCUUUAAUGCUCGGUGAGGUAGUGUGACGUGUGACCAGCCUAAAUAUGCAGUUCCCCUGUUGCAUUUUCUCACUUUGGUCUAAGUGUAAUUGUGUUGGUUAUCUGAUGAAUGGGACAUGUUUGCUUCUUAUUAUUCAGAAGCCAUUUAUUUUCUCUAUUAAAUGUUUGAAGACCUUUAGCAAUAAACUGUAUAGCAAAGAUUUAUCAAACAGUUAAAAUGACAUUGACUGUGCUUAGUUUGUACAGUAUAUGUGUCAGUGCCAUAACUUUAUCACAGUAAAUCCAAGUAGAUUUAUACAUUUUUAUAACUAUGUAAUUCUUUCUGUACGUGUAUGAUCACACCCUAUGGUACACAUCUCAGUUAUGGUUUAUUAUGGCAAAUAAACUUGCUUCUUUGAACUAAAAAUGAAAA